AUGAGCGGAGCAGCAACAACAACAAAGAGCAACGGCAACGGUGGCGGCGGUUCUUCGUCAACAAGCUCUCCGCUUCUUUUCUUCGUUGCGCUUGGAUUCGGGGUUGUAUUUACGAACCUUUGGAUUAUUGUGGGUGUAAAGUACUGCUUUCGCUACAACCAAAGGAACCGUCAAUUACGGAAUGAAGAAACCGGAGAACCUAUCGAUCUUGUCACCAUGCCUCGUCCUCAUCGAAGAAGGCGAGAGAAGAAAUUGAUGACAAUGGAUGAAGUGAAUGAGCGGUUCCCGUUGGCCAAAUACAAAGUCUGGAGAUCAUCUCGUGCCAACCAAGGUCUUCCAACCGAAGGUGGAAUCACUGCUCCGAACAGUGAACCUCAAAGCUUGAAAGGGCACGAUGAAGAGACUGCUCCGAACUCUGUUCUAGCUGCUGUAACAACUCCCACUGAAACUGGACAUGAACUUUCGGAACCUACGGCGACCAAGGGGCCCACUCAUGCAUCUUUGGACGAUCAUGGGAAAAAAAUACAGGAAUUGUGCGAAGAAAAAGCUCCAAAAGAACCUCAAGAUUCUGGUGGCACUGUUGCGGAAGAGAAAUGGCAACAUUCACUAGUCAGCGAAACGGUCGAUCUAGAGGAGGACGAGAAUGACAAAAUUCGUGAUGCCGUCCCUCCUGAAUUACUCCCUAACCCAGGGGACUCCUGUGCCAUUUGCUUGGAUACGAUUGAAGAAGAUGAUGAUGUCCGCGGAUUAACAUGUGGACAUGCUUUUCAUGCCUCGUGUGUGGACCCUUGGUUGACCAGUCGAAGGGCAUGCUGCCCUCUUUGCAAGGCUGAUUAUUAUGUACCAAAACCACGGACACAGGUGACAGAAAGUACGUCUGCAGGCGACCGUGGUGCACGCCGUGCAGGUUUAACCCGGCCCGAUAUUCUUUCAAGACCACCAAGGGCAGCUCGUUCCGGCGAGAACACGGCAGCUCGUUUUCGGUUUCAAAUGUUGAUACCGCAUUUGUUUCAGACACGUCAAGAGCCGUCACAGGUAGACCAUACCCAAGUACAUGACAUACAAGACUCGCAAAAUAAUCACUCAUCCCGUCGAUCACACUGGCGCCGGAUCUUACCUUCCCAUAUUCCCGGCCUAUCCUCUCGAACGCCCAACAGUUAUGCUCAAGAUGCGCCAGGAAGCGUAUUACCCCAAACGACCACAGCAGAGCAGCACCGUACGCCAAGUCAGCUCGAAGCCGGCCUUUGA